AUGGAGCCUCGGGCUCGCGCCGGCAAAAAUGUCGGCAAGAUGAACUUUGGCCAUGCCGAGCUAGCGCAACUGCUCUACAGCCACGGCGACGCGCGGACGGCGCUGCCCGAGACGGUGCGGGUGCUGGACGAGAUCCUGACCGACUUCAUCCAGGGGGUGAGCUUCGAGGCGACGCGGGCGGCGCAACACGCGGGGCGGCAAAAGGUGAAAUUUGAGGACUUUGAGUUUGCCAUGCGCCGCAACCCGAGCUACAUGGGCAAGAUCCAGGAGGUGUUUGAGAAGAAGCGCGAGAUCGAGGCGGCCCGCAAGAAUUUUAGUAUUGAGGAUCAGCUCAUGAAGGAUGCUGAUCGGGAGGAGAAGGCCGCUGAGAAGGAGCGCGAGAAGAGGGCUUCCAAGCGCGGAGGU